AUGGAUGAAAACGAGGAAAAUAUUUCGGAUUCAGAAGACACUGCGACUGAUACUGAUCCCUAUGAAACAGAUGAGGACAGCGAAUAUUUGCCCAAUUCACCUAACAGAAUCGUUGAAGCUGGAACCGACGACACAGAAAGUGAGACUUCUAAUAAUGAAGAACAUGUGACACCAAGGAAGGCUAGAAAAAGAAAACGAAACGAGAACCAGAAGCAGAAACGUAAGCGUGCGAGAUUAACUGGACAGCAGUACGUAGCUUUAAAUGGGAAAGAAAUUAGGAAGAGAGAACUAAAACCAUACAAUCAUCGAUGCAGAUACGGAUGCGAUAAAAUUGAGGAAGAGCGGAGGAAAUUACUGUUUGAAAAUUUUUAUAGUUUGCAGUCAUAUGAUCUACAAACACAAUAUUUAGCCUCUUGUAUAACGAAAUCUGCCCCAAAAAGACCUAAUAGAAAUGCAGUUUCACAAAAACAAUUUACAACAAUAAUAACUCUUAUGGGCACACGAGUUUGUAAAAAGUUUUUCCUGAAAACCUUUGAUAUAACCAAUAGAAGAUUUGGAAUAGUUUGUCAAAAGAAAAAUGCUGAUGGGUUUACUGACACUGAUAAACGAGGACAUCACGCCCCAAAAAACAAAAUUGACGCAGUUACCAGAAAUAAUGUAAUAACGCAUAUUAAAAUGUUUCCCCGCUAUAAAAGCCACUAUUCGCAGUCCCAAAAUGGUAAUACAAGCUAUCUUCCAGAGGAUUUAUGCAUAAGGAAGAUGUAUUCAUUAUAUAAAAUAUGGUGCAAUGAAACAAAAAACAUUCCCCCAGUUAAAGAAUCGUAUUAUCGAAGUGUUUUUUGUAACGAAUUUAAUCUUAAAUUCCAUAAGCCCCACUCAGAUACAUGUCACAUAUGUGAUCGUUUAAAUAAUUUGAUAAACAAUAGUCCUGAUGAAAACAUUAAAACGCAAAGCAAAGCCGAGCUAGAACUUCACCAAAGGAAAGUUGAGAGUGUAAAAAAUGUCAAAAAACUCGAUAUAGAGUACGGAAGACAAAAUCCGGAUAAAGUUCGGGUGAUUUGCUUUGAUCUCCAGAAAACAUUACCUACUCCUUUUCUUUCAACUAAUAAAGUAUUUUACUUACGUCAAUUGUGGACAUAUAACCUUUGUAUUCAUGAUCUAGUAACUGGAAUAUCCUCUAUGUACAUUUGGGAUGAAACCAUCGGCCAGCGAGGAUCACAAGAAAUAGGAUCAUGCUUAAUUAAGUACAUUAUGACCUUGCCGCCAAAUAUUGAAGAACUUAUUUGCUACAGCGACCAAUGUGGAGGCCAGAACAAAAAUAAGAACAUCACAAAAUUGUUCAUGUUUCUCGUUCAAACCACAAGUUUGAAGAUAAUACACCACAAAUUCUUCGAAUCUGGACAUUCGUACAUGGAAUGUGAUCGUUCAUUUGCCCGUAUUGAAAAAGCUAAAAAAAAAGCUUUAAACAUCUUUAUUCCAAAGAACUGGUCCGAGCUAAUAAGAAACACGUCAAAUAAAUUUCAAGUUAUUGACAUGAAGCAGGAGGACUUUCUCUCUUUUGACUACCUUAAUAGUAUUAUCACAGAUCCUAAGAAGGAUAUGGAGAAGAAACCAUUAAAGUGGCGACAGAUAGUAUGGUUUACGUACAGAAAUGAAGAUUUUUUCUGUUUCUUGUUCAACCAAACUAGAAAUCCAAUUUUUCCCUCGAUUCACUCUCAAAAAUGUUCUGCGCUUCCAGUAGGAAGACCAAAAUUGUCCAUAAAAAAGUUAUUGGAAAAGUCUCUUUAUUCGACUACGUUGAAAAUAAAAAAGGCUAAAUGGGAAAAUUUGAUUCAACUUCUGCCGUACAUUCCUCCGAUAUACCACGAUUUUUACCAAAAAAUGCCCCAUGAAGCAAAAGUCUCGAACAAGAAGACAAAGGGAAAACCAAGUGGUUCAAAAAAAAAUGAAACACAAAAUAAAGCUGAAAAAGAGACACAAAAUGAAACUGAAGAAGAAACACAAAAUGAAACUGAUCAAGAAGACGACGUAGUACUAUCUGACGACUACGAAGAAUACUGAAAGUACUUGCGAUUAUGAUAAGCAUACUAAAAUCUUCAUGUUUCUAUUAUGAGUUGUAUUUUCCUAAUAAAACUAUUGCUGAAUUUUUGUUUUGCUUCCAUCGUUUAAAACCAUAAGGGUCUAAGUAGCAUUAACAAAAAAAAAUAAGAACAUUAGCAAAAUUUUAUAAUCCUAACAAAAAACAGUUACAUAUUACGUAUUAAAUAACAUCAAAAAAAUCGUGAAAAAAUAUCUACAGAAUUUACAGUAAGCAACUAACUUCAACUUCAAAUAUCUCAAAAUGAAAAAUUUGUC